AUGGCAACUUCUCCAGUGGCAGUGGUCUGCAUCGGCAUGGCCGGCUCCGGCAAGACGACUUUUAUGCAAAGAAUCAACAACUAUCUACAUGUUAACAAGACCAAGCCAUAUGUAUUGAAUCUCGAUCCUGCGGUCACGCAUGUUCCCUUCCAGCCCAACAUCGACAUUAGAGACAGCAUCAACUACAAAGAAGUGAUGAAACAGUACAAUCUCGGUCCCAAUGGCGGGAUCCUUACGUCGCUCAAUCUCUUUGCAACCAAGAUCGAUCAGAUCAUGGGCUUGCUGGAAAAGCGAGCCAGUCCACCUCCAGACAGCAACAUCACCCCUCCCAAACAUUUCUUGGUGGACACGCCGGGCCAGAUCGAAGUGUUUGUCUGGUCCGCCUCGGGCAGUAUCCUCCUCGAGUCAUUUGCUUCCUCCUUUCCCACCGUCAUUGCAUACAUCAUCGACACCCCACGGACAUCUUCCACGUCCACGUUCAUGUCAAACAUGCUCUACGCCUGCUCCAUACUCUACAAGACCAAACUGCCCAUGAUCCUGGUGUUCAACAAAACAGACGUCCAGGAUGCCGAGUUUGCACGAGAAUGGAUGACAGACUUUGAGAAAUUUCAAGACGCACUUCAAGAGGAGCAGAAUAAAGGUGUGUUUGGCGGAGAGGGACACGGUGGGAGUGGAUACAUGGGCAGCCUGGUCAACAGCAUGAGUGUGAUGCUGGAAGAAUUCUAUUCGCAUCUCAACAUGGUGGCGGUGUCGAGUAUGACGGGUGAUGGGAUAGAUGAUUUCUUCGAAGCGGUAGAGGAGAAGAGAAAAGAGUUUGAAAAGGACUACCAACCCGAAUUGGAGAAGCGGAGGAAGGAACGGCAGGAAGAGAGCGCGAGUCACCGGGCCAACGACCUGACAAAGGUGAUGAAGGACAUGAACAUGGAUGGCAAGUCUAAGGCUGUACCGAAGAAGAGGGACGAGGAGUCGUCCGAGGACGAUGAUGAAGAUGUCAACGACCCAGACAAUUAUCCGGACGCGGGUGUGGAUGAAGAGGAAGAGGAAGAGGGGCUGAAGAAGAGAUAUCAGAAUGCUCUACGGGAACAGGGCAUACAGAUUGAUGAUGAUGACCCUACAGUGGCUCGAAUGUUGGCACAGACCAAGAGGAGUGGUUAG